AUUUUCAUAAAAUGAGCUGUCAGCUGUGUGUAUAGGUUGCUGUUUACGAUUCUUCUAGUGACAAAGUGUUGGAAUGUGAUUUGGAAGAUAUUUUUUAACUUAUUAUAAAAAAUGGACAAAAUCAAAUGUUCGUUGAGAGGGUUUACAAUUACAAUAACGAAUAUCGCGAAUGGAUGGGUCGAAGGCAACAAAAUUUGAAGAAUCAGAAAACUCUGCAGAGAAGCAAGCUUUUCAAUCAGCUAAUUCUCGUGACAACGAUCAUUAACAUCGCUACGUUAGAAUUGGACAGUUGUAUUACAAGUAUUAGUCUUCGGCACGAUCUUUUCGAUAUCAAACAAAGAAUCUUCAGCACAAAUCCAACCUCAGGAUGAUGACAGACUGCGAUAGACAGAUGAGGAGGGCAGCAGAGGACCGCCAGAUCCGCAUGGCGGCCGAGUCUAUACUCAACGCUUCAAUAAAUUCGCAGCGCAGUAGCUAUGCACAAAGUGUAAGAACUCCAGACACCGUAAACGAAGUUUUAAUCGCGGGGACUCGCUACAACGGCCGCAUGUCUAACGUGCGAAGGUUCUUUUGUUUGUUUGUCACCUUUGACUUUCUUUUUACCAUUCUCAUGUGGUUGAUUUGUAUUAUGAUCUCGGGUACAAAUGUUCAAACCGCCUUUGUGCAGCAAAUCGUUCAUUACAAAAUGAAAACGUCACUUUUCGAUAUUGUUAUGGCUGCAGCUUGUCGAUUUACAGUUUUAUUACUAUUUUACGCUCUACUGUACAUGGAUCAUUGGUGCAUUGUAGCCUUGUCUACUUCAUCUACUUGUGCCUUUUUGUUAUCUAAGGUUUUUCUCUAUGAUUGGUCACAAUCUAGCCAGCCAGUAUUUCAAGUUCUAUUGGUACUCACGUCAUUUGUGCUUGUAUGGGGUGAAGUUUGGUUUUUAGAUAUAAAAGUAAUACCACAAGAGUCUCAAGCAAGGGAUUGGUAUUUAGGAUUUCCGAAUUCUGAAAGAGCACCACUACUCAGUCCUAACGUUGAAGUGCCAGCUCUUUCGAGAGAAAACGUUGGCCACUUUUAUACGCCCAUGGAUUCUACUGAUCAUUCCGAUGACGAAGAUGAAGUUGAUCGAAAAAGGGGAAACGCGCCUUUUCUACCAGCAACCGUUGCUCAAAAACUGCCACAUGAAAAGAUUGAAGAAUGUCGAAAGCGUGCUCCAUCUUUACUAAAAAGUUGUCAUGAUCUUCUCACAUCAAGCGAUUGGAAAGUUGAAAAAAUAACUACUGACGGGGAUGUGAUUUCAUCCAUGAUGUUACCUAAGCCGGAUGGGAAAAUCUUUAAAAUUACGGGAACAAUUGAUGUACCAGCUGCCAAACUUAUAAACAAUUUAUACGACAACAUAGAAUCCUGCACUUCAUGGAAUAAACAAGUUGGUGAAGCGAAAAAAAUUUAUGUUAUAGAUGAUAAUACAGAUUUAGUUUAUCAAGCAACUAAAGCUCUUGGAAACGGAGCAAUAGGAGCCAGAGAUUUUGUUGUUUUGAGACAUAGGGGCAAGUAUGAAUCGUUUUAUAUUAGCAGUGGAGUAUCAGUCAAUUUCAGUGCCGUUCCAAGUAGAAAGAAUUUCGUAAGAGGAGAAAAUGGCAUUGGUUGCUUCGCAACUCAAAGUCUAGCUAAUGGUAUAACCGAUAGAUGCCAAUUUAUCUGGUUGCUCAACACAAACUUAAAAGGAUGGAUUCCUCAAAAAAUGGUCGAUAUGUCAACGUCCAUAGGCUUGAUGGAAUUCAUGAGCGCGUUGAGACUUCACGCAAAUGCAAUGAAAGACUGACACAUAGAUGACAAGAAUAAUCACGGAACUAUAUGUGUAUCGACGUGUAAACGGACAGAUAAAAGCGCGGAUUCGAAUCCUGAGUUAGUGCGACUUUUAAGCAACAAAGCUCUCGGCAACAGAAUACUGUAAAGCUAUUUGGAGCCCAAAGUCAUACUCACUAAGUAACUUUCAGUUAUUUUUCUAUUUUUUUUACAGUCGAUCAACUAUUGAUUUGCUAACGUUCAGCAAAACACGUUAUUGUUAAGAAAAAUAUACAAUGUUUACCAAUCUUCGAAUUUAGAAAGUUUUAUAGUCCAAGUGAAUAAGUUGAGUAUGAAAUAAAUGUUGAAUUAUUCGUUUCGUAUGCAUAUAAAAUAGACGAUACCUAUAUAACGAUUGGUUAUUCAUUAUUGUGUUAUUCCAUUUUUGUACAUAAAUAUAGUAAAUGUUAUCCACGUCUAAAAUACACGAACUCCAAAAAUUCCUAUUACAAAGCUUCCUUAGGAAUGAAGGAGCAAUACGUGUUCCUAAAUUUAAAGAUUGGUACAAUUAGAAAAAUGGGACAUGAACCCCGAGGUUUAGUCAUGCGCGAAUAACAAUUAAAAAAAAGUCUGUUAGAAAUGUUACAUGUAUAAUACACUGAUAGAAAUUAUAAUGUUGAAUGGCUAAUUAAAUAAUUACUAUCGAAAGUAAGUUUUUUACUUAAACUGCUUUUUUGUUACUUUUACGUACAAGAUAUUUCAAACUUUACUAUACAUGACUUGAUGUAUAUUGCAUUUUAAUUUCGAUGUCUCAAUAAUUUAAAUGAGUUAAGAUGUCUGAUUAAUGUUAAUAUCAUGAUUUUAGCACUAUUGAAUGAAUAUUAAUUUUAAGCCUUGAUCUUUGUGCGAAAAUUCAGUAAAGCAAUUAUGAUUUGAUUUUUUGCGAAGCAAGUUCGAGUGAGAUCUAUAUUGUGAUAUAUUACUAAUAAAUAUAGCAUCUUAAUCUUUAUAUUCCACAUUUUUUAUUAAUAAUAUUUUUAUAUUAGUCCAAAGUUGUAAUGAAACAAACCAGUAAAAACGAAUUGAUCUUGAUUAAAAUUGAUUUAAUAACCAGCCAAAGCGAUGCUGAAACAAUUUCAAUUUCAAAAAGUUCUCGACUUUGAUUGGAGACUCUUUCUUAUGUAAUUAUUGUACGAAUGUUUUACCAAUUUUAGCCGACAACAGUAAAGAGUAAUGUAAAAACCGUAAAAAAGAAAAUAGUAUUUUGAAACUAUUGAGUUGAAUCCUUGAUGUUAGAUAGUCUUAUUAAAAUCAUUUGUACACUCUCGGUGUACGCCGUAACGUUAAAAAUGAUGGAUCAUCAUUUUGCAAAUUAAGAAAUAUUUUGUAAUAUAAAUAUUGCACAUGCUACGAUAACUGUAAAUUAAUACAAUGUAAAGGAUAUGCAAUGUACAAUGAUAAAUAAUAUAGCAGAUCAUUGCACUGUAUGCAUGAUUGACUUCUGUUCAAAACUUUACUGCUCUCUUGAAUGUAAACUUGUUUUUUUUUCACAAAAAUCGUAUCCAUAUGGAUCUACAGUAAAAUACAUGUAGUCUUUUUGUAUAAAUAAUAAAGAGCAAGAACUCGAGAGAAAA